AAUGAUAAAACAGACGAUGUAGAAACCGGAAGUAUGGGAUUGUUUACAAACACGAGGCUCCUUUUUCAGCUGCUCCAACCAUAUGUUGUAAUCUGAAGGAAUGUAUCCAUAUAUUUACUGUCAACAGUAUAUUUUGGGAUUGUUUUAGAGUUUACAUAACCAGUCACGAGUCAAGACCGCUAAUCCGGAGCUAACUGCUAACAAGCUCCCUAGAUUUGCUGAAGUGUUGAUUCAUUCCAACAGGUGACAACACUGGCUGCAGAUUUUUAUCACAACUGCUAUGGGUGUGUGAAGACUUUUGCAGCUCUGAGCUAGUGCUGGUGUCAUGCUAGUUUGUCGCGUCUUUUGGAGCCGUAGCUGGACGUAUUUAAAACAUUUUCAGAAGUUUAAAAGACUCAAUAGUAUACAAGAAUAUUUGAAGUUGCACCGUUUUACUACGAUUUGGUGCAAUACAGCCUCUGAGAGUAACGUGACAACUCACCGGUUUGGACUGGAGACUUACCCAUUUAUGUUAGGCAUGUUACCCGCAAAUGUCACAGCAAGUAAGGACAUCUCAGCAAUUCCCACAAAGGAGGAGGAUGAUGAUGGUGGAGGGGAAGCAGCUGUCAAUGUCAAAUGUCAAACUAAAGGUCUGAAGGAUAAGAAGACUAGAAGGAAGAUGUGGAGGGAAAAGAAAAAACUAAAGAAAAGUAUGAAAUCAGAUGAACCGCUGGACACUCUUAUGUCUGAGCUUCCAUUUGCUUUGACAAGCCCAACCUCAUGGAAGGAAUUGGGAUUUACAAACACAAAUGACAAACUAAAGAAAAGAAAGAGGGGAGAAAUUGGAGGGCGAGCAGACAGUGAAGAAGACGCAGGCAAAAAGAAGAAAAAGAAGGAAAGUAAAAGACCAAACUACUUCGUCUCCAUCCGCAUCACUAACCCACAGAUAAGCUCUGCAGUGGCAGAGGUCCAACAGGCAGUUCUACAGCAAGAGCCCAAACUGUCCAAAGCCAUGAUCCCAAUCCCCUCUCUACACAUAACAUUAUUAGUCACUCAUCUCGCCAACCAGGAGCAAGUCGACCUGGCGGCGACCGUGCUGGCCGCGGUAGAGCCCUCAUUGGCCGAGCUGCUGGGUGGGCGGGGCUUGGUGCUGCCAUUCUCCGGCAUCGGUCAUUUCAGGAAGGAGGUGGUGUUUAUUGGGCUGGCCCCUGGAGAACACAGACAUACACUGGAAAGCUUGGCAGAGUUGUUACGCAGUCGUUUUGAGGAGCAGGGUCUUCUUGAGGGAGACUGCCGUGGGUUCGAUCCUCACCUCACCAUUAUGAAGCUGUCCCGUGCACCUCAAAUCAGAGCACAGGGCAUUAAACGUGUGGACCCAUCACUUUACUCUGACUACUCAGAAAGAUUUUUUGGAGACCAGCCAGUUGAGAGUGUUGAUCUUUGUUCCAUGUUGAAAAAGAAGCAACAGGAUGGAUACUACCACACGGAGACCUCACUGCAACUUGGAAUCUUGUGGUUGGAUCUUGCACAACAAUUGGCCAAAGAUUUGACUCAGCGACCACUCCAUUCCAAACGCUCAAGUGGGCGUCGCUCUGAGCCAGACGAGGCGGAGCUUCUGAGGGUCAGUAAACGAUUGGUCGAGGAUGCCAUCAAUCGGGCGUUGCAACAGUACAAACAGGAAACACUUCAGAACGGGGGCGGUCCUAAUGUCACGGCAACGCAGCCUCCAGGAAACGGCGAGAAUACAAAAACAGACACUACAGCUAACUCCACCUCCGACCACAGGAAGUGACUUCACUGAACCGAGGAACUAAAACUGACCAAGCAGUCUCUUGGAGACGUCGUGAGCUGGAGAUAUGGCAACAGAGCCCUGGGUACUAGCCUGGACCAGUUAUGUGCCCUCAAUCUGACUAAAAGCUAACCUAGCAAUAGCCACUUCACAAUGGCUAAUCUAUGAUGCUACUACUAGCUCUAAACAGCGCUGGUAAACACAGUGUAGCUUGAAAUCAAUGCUAGGUGACUUGUUGACACUAACAUCUCCAACAAGAUGUCUCCCUCAGUUCUGGUGCACGUUUGUUUGUGCACAUCACUAAGCACUCCUAGAUAUAGACACCCCCCUGAGGGUUCACUGUGACCUGCCUCUCACAAACUGCCCUUUUAGAAAAAAACUACAGCUGUUCAAACUUUCUAAGACCUUCUUAAUAUGUUUUCAAGAUGUAUGUGUGGUUUAUUUUAGAAGAGGAAUUGAAAAGAAUAAGUAACUAUGACUGUGAUUCCCCUGAGCGGGCCUAUGCUGGCUUAUUUAUGUUUUAUUAGCUACAGCUGUUUGAUUUUUGAUGACCUAAGCAUACAAUAGAUGAUUUCAACUAGACAUUGCUUGUAAUUUUGCUUUUCCUCUCCAACAGCAUUAAUCACGACAAUCACGACAUGGCCAUUUAUCUAUAAAAAUAACACUUACUAUUUCCGUAAAGUCAAGGAGGCGGUAGACACUAAAUUAGCAAGAGUACUCAAAACACUAUGAGCUGCCAAGAAGGUCUUUCCGUGUUGCCAAAUCCAACAAGCUUUACUUUCAGGAUGAAAUUUUCUUUAUGAUAGCUAUUUGAAUAAGAGAUUAAGUUGAAUGCAUUAAAUUUGUUAGUAUUAAGUUAAAGGUGCAUUAUGCAACUUUUCUGAUGGCGGGGUGGUCUGUCACCUGCUUGAAAUGGGAUUGCUUUGCAUGGGAUUUUCCACAGUAUGAUAUUAAACUCUGGUAUUCAUUAAAUUUUAUUUUAAUGCUAAGAUAUGAAAUGAAAAAGAUUAUAGCGAGAGGGGUGUCACCUCUCCACAGAGGAGCCUGUAAUUUUGUUAAGUAGUGGCUAGGUCUGCUUUUCUCCAUGGAUAUAUACAUUUUAAUGCCAUGCUGUGGAGCAUUCCAAGCAAAGCAAUAACAAUAGUUCACCAUAGACUGUAUGUAUAAAUGGACAUAGCUAACUCUCGUUCCAAAUAGGAAGUGUUCUUGGGUGUGCUUCCCUAUUUUGUCCGUAAAUAAAUUCCAAUUCCUAAUAUGGAACUCGGCUCCAAAUUCACCCCAUAACUUCUAGCCUCUUGAGCUUCAUUUGACUGGAGCCGAACACUUUGGAUAACAUCACACUCCCUUAGUCCACUUCUUCAUACACUCUAUGCCCUCCACCAAAAAAAUUACAUAUUGUACCAUUAAUUUUCAAAGUUAAGUAUUGUAGAUCAGACGAGAGUGUUUUCUACAUCUGCAGCGAAUGCCAAGUACAGAUAGACAGUUAUUCAUGUGGGGAUGCUAAUGUGACUGAGGUUAAUCCAGACAAUAGCUGCCAGUGCUUCAUUUUUCAGGGUCUUCCAUCGAGCGUGUCCUCCUCCUCAUUAUGUCUCUGGCCUCUGCGUGCUGCCAAGUGAAACGCCAAUGCUUUAAAUCCACUGAAGACACCGAAAGCUGACUCAUAUAAGCAUGUUUUAACUCACAAUGGAUUUUACUGAUAUCAAAUGUGAAGGUUUUUUUUUUUUUUUAAUAUAUAUUUAGGGAGAAAAGCACAAUUAUCUUUGGUUUUAUAACUGUCCUUUUAUUUCAACGUUUUUUUCAAAGCAGGUAAUUCUAGAUGCUGUUGUUGAAUCACCUCUGAUCAAAGUGGCCUUCACUUCGUCACUAAAAAAUAGAGGAUUUUGUUUUGCUUUUCCAAGAAGUGCUUCAUAUGAGAAUAUUCAAGUCAUGUCUGUUUGUUAAAAAGCUCAGUCAUUGUAUUUGAUUGUGUGAGUGGUGAGACGCUAUAAUCAUAUAAGUCAUGAUUGCCAAAGUUUCAAAUGAUUAUUUCAUAUUUAACAGUUGGAACACAGUAGAAUGUAAAUAUAAACAGAAUACAAUGGGGUUUGCAAAACAGUUCACAAUAAACCGUAUCUGUAGCCAAAAGCGCUUAAUUAAAUUAAAUUGUCUUUAGCUGAAUUAUGGAGUUCAACAGUGACCAUCUUUUUUCCCAUAGACUUUCCCCCCCAAAAAUAAUAAUAUUAAUUCUUUGCAAGCUUGCUCAAGUAUCAGCUAUAUGAUAUGAACUAAAUAUUUAUUUAUUAUUAUUAUUAUUAUCAUUAUUAUUAUUAUUAUUUAAAAUCUGUUUCUGAAACAUUACAAACUGUUAAGUUAUUAAAACAUUUUGUCGAAUCUUGCCUUAAAAUGUGCUUUUUGGACUUAAAACUACCGCUAUAUGGAUAUUGGUUAGCAGGUAGCGGGUUAGCACAUAGCUGGUUAGCCUCUGUGAUGCUUUUGAACUCUUUUUCUUUCUUUUUUUUUUAAGUCUGUGGGAAAAAUUAAUGGAAAACACACUUCCUAAAGCAGAGCAUGCAGUCACUUUUGAGUUCCAUUAGUGAAAUGUCUUGUCUCCUCUCAAGCUGUUUAAGACAUAUUACUUCUUUAAUUCAAAAGCAGCGCAGUAUUUUUAUAUCAAAAUUAUAUAGAUAUUUAAAUAAUUUGAAAUUGUUUCUUGUGAUUCAUAUUUUCUUUUUAAAAAUGUUUUAUGCAAACCAUCACCUUCUGUUUCAUUGUACAUUUUCCAUGAUGUCCCAACUUUUAUAAAAACAAAAUAAAAUUCUUAAGUUUGUUGAAAAAGUUACAAAUCCAUCUUAAGACAGAACCGACCUUACUUCCUUUACUUCUCUGAGCUUUAGAAUAAUAAUGUGGCUGUGUCUUGCACUGAUUUCAACCAUUUGAGAUUACUUUCCAACAGUAUUUACAAGUGCGAAACUGAAAAUGCACUCCCACAUUUUGGCAAAACCCACUUGCGACAAAAGACGUCACUUGUCAAAUCAAAGCCAAUAAUUCUGUCUUAAGAUGGACUUUUUUAUGUUUUGAUCUUUUUCUAUCGUCACCAGAUCCUUAAUCUCCUCUAAAUCCCCUUUAAGACACACUUCCUGCUGUGUUGUUGUGUUGUGUGAAUGUGGACUUGGGUCUGCGUGUGGUGUGUGCGUCUCUUAAUAUGUUUGUUUUUCCAUUGGCCUGUGUACUGUAUGUAUCUCCCUGACAACCAGGUGUGCUGUUUCUACUGUGCUGUACCUUGUUGCCAGAUUUGAACAAUAAAACAGGAUAUGAGUUUCCAAGUCAA